AUGAGAAUUGCAGAUACGUAUCCUGAUUUUUCCACGUGGAAGGAAAUCAAACACCAAUCAUCACGUCGAUACUUGACAGAUCUAUGGUCAAGGUGCAAAAAAAUUACAAAUCUGGUCCAUUCCAUCUGUAUCCAAUGGAUAUUUGGCUACAGACUGUGUUUCUCAACGUUUUUGGAUUGUGAAGAAAGGAUUCGAUUCUGUUUAUCUUUCAACUUCGACGAUAUGAGCAGAUCGGGCAAGGAUUUCCACUCGGAAAACUCGCUAAUUCUCCUCUACGCUCAAUUAUUCUCCAUUAGAUUAGGUGUUGAGCGCGAACCGCAAGCGACGACAAUCGACGGACGGACGGACGGUCAGUCCGUUGAAACGUCGGUCGUCGUCGCCGCAUUCCUGGAGGAGAGGGCGUGCGUAUGUCUCUCUGUCUGUCCGUCGUCUGUGUCGUAUGUGCGUGUGGCCGGGCCGAGAAAUACCCAGAGAGAAAGUCGCCGUGAUCGUCGUCUUCGUCUUCGUCGUCGUCGUUUCAUCGAUCUACGAAUCUACAUAGUUGCUCGUUUUACCGACGACUUAAGCGACACCGCAGUAGUCAACAUGGCUAACCAUGGACCCAGCUAUGGACUCAGCAGAGAGCUUGAGAAAAAGAACCAAGCCCGAUUCAGUUUGGAGGAGGCGAUCGAAGUUCUGUUAUGGGUUGAAAGUGUGACACAAUUGCCAUACGCUUGUGAUCCAACCACAUGUCAAUCAGCAGCCGACGUCGCCGAACUCCUAAAGGACGGCGUUCAUUUGUGCAAACUUAUCAAUAGGCUUCUCAAUAAUGGCGGUCGAGCGCCAUACAAUCCGAAGCCAAAAAUGCCAUUUCAAAAAAUGGAGAACAUCUCGAAUUUUUUGGAAGCAUGCAAAUCGUACGGUGUUGCUGAGAUCAGCUGUUUCCAGACCGUUGAUUUGUACGAAAAUAAACAAUGCUAUAAAGUGAUAGAAUGUCUUCGUUCCCUUGCCGCCGUGGCUCAAGCACGUGGUGCUGAUGUUGAAUUCCCACCGUGGGUUGUCCGGCUGUCCCAUAGCCGUCCACGACAAUUUCCGGAGUCAGUGAUGCGACGUGGUGAAAUGGUUAUUCCACUACAGUACGGAACGAACAAAUGCGCCAGUCAGAAAGGAAUGACACCGUAUGGACUAGCCCGCCAGAUAAAACCUGAUCCAUCUGGAUAA